CUCUCUCUCUCUCUCUCUCUCUCUCUCUCACACACACACACACACACACACACACACACAUAAGGUGGCAAAAGAGAGCAGACUGAUGAGAGUUUGAAAAGAAUGGUUGCGUGAAGGAGUGUAAUUGUGUUUUGGAUCUUGAGAGAGAGAUUGAUCAAUUUCACAGACAGUAAUCGGUGAGCAAUUUGUGUGUGUUUGUUUGAGAUAUUGAAUGGGGGGAAAGAUGAAUUUGGAAGGUGGAGAUGAAGAAGAGUACUGCUACUACCAACAACAGAUGAGGAGUAGAGUUGAAUCAGUGCUUCAUCUACUCAACAAACAAUCUCCACUCACUCUCAAACAGGAGAAAUAUUGCAGUAAUGAAUGUGUGCAGAGGUUUGUGAGAGCCAAAGGGAAUGAUGUGAAGAAAGCUGCCAAGCACCUCAGGAAUUGUCUUUCUUGGAGAGACUCUUUACCCACUGAGGAUGCUGUUGCUGAUGAAUUCUCCGCUGAGCUGGCGGAAGGAGUUGCUUACGUUGCUGGGCAUGACCAUGAGUUCAGACCUGUCCUUAUUUUCCGAAUGAAGCAAGAUUAUCAGAAAUUCCAUUCCCAAAAACUGUUUACUCGAUUGCUAGUGUUUACACUAGAAGUUGCCAUCCAGACCAUGCCCAAAAACGUCGAGCAAUUUGUUAUCCUCUUCGAUGCCAGCCUUUUCAGAUCAGCGUCUGGGUUUAUGAAGAUGCUGGUGGCAACACUUAAGAUCAUUGGGGAUUAUUAUCCCCUACGCCUUCACAAGGCUUUUGUCAUUGACCCUCCAUCUCUUUUCUCUUACCUUUGGAAGGGAGUGAAAUCAUUUGUGGAGCUUUCACCUUUAACCACGGUGGUAUCGUCGCUUGAUAUCGAAGAAUCAGUUCACUUUAAUGACUUAAAAUCAUAUCCUCAAGCAACGUCGUUGCGUUUUGACCCCUCACCAGUGCCAUCAGCAACUAAACUUGGGUCGUGCUCCUCCUCAAGAUUUUCAUUUACCGUCUCACAUCAUUUUGAUUCUCUGAAGCCUUGGUAUCUCUCAUUAACGGACAUGUCUGAAUCUAAAAUGGGCCCAACCAAUCUUUCCCAUACCCUGUUAGGCCCACGCAUCUCGCCUCUCAAUGCUAGGUCGCUCUCCUUUGCAUCACCCGCCGCCCGAGCACCACAUGGCAACAUCGACAUUGCCAAAAAGGGUUUCUUCCCAUCAACACCGAUGCCGCAGAAAACCCAGACACUCGACCCGUCCAUGGUUCGACACCCAAGAACUCCGAAGCCCUCGUUCCUCCACUCACCAGCUCUAUUCUUCAAAAAGAACUAUCAAUUGAGUCGAAUCAAAACACCGCACGAAUCAUUUUUACCUUUUUUAAAAUUCUAUCAACGACCGUACGACGAGUUAAUGUAUAGGUCAAAGAUGAGGCCUCCUUUAGGUGGCCUCAUCUCCAUUGUUUCUCCACAGUUCAAGCGCGGAAACAUGUCCACCUUCCAACGAUAUUGAUCAAGAA